AUGCCGCUCCUCCCGUCAAUUAAUGUCUCUAUGAAGCGUGUAGAAUCUGCCCGUGUAAGCAGCCGCCUCCCAUUCCAAGGGUUGCGUGCUCGUCUGAUGAUGCAAGAUACCCCUGGCCAAGAUAGACACGCCCAGCCACAGUCGAAUGCUUCUCUCCAGGCUUCCAACCUUCCUUCUCCAGGUCCCAGUCCCCUCGCAUUCCUCUCCGCUCUCCUCCGCCCGUCUCCCAAGCCUGUGAUCUAUGCGCCAUCAAACGCAGAAUCACCAGCCAGUCGUGUCGGUAGCCGUGGAUCUUCACUCCCAUUUACCUUCCCCCCUGAGCGCGGAGAAGCGAGCUUGGGGUAG